AUGGGCGGAACCAGCAAGCUUCCACCUAUUACCACCUAUCCUGCUCUGGUCCAUCGUCCUGUUGGGCAGCAGAUCAGGAGCAUCUACAAAGACCGCCUCCGUCAGUUCACUGACGGAGGUCAAUAUUCAGGUCACAACCUCGUUGCGAAAUACUAUGAGGCUACAAAUGACGAUGAGCAGCACGUCAAGCUCUCCGUAUAUUCCCCCCCAAACCUUGCCAGGCCCAGCUUCAAAGAGGCCGUCUCCAAUGAAUUCAAACCAACUAAGAUCGGAGAGUCCUUUGGCCCCAGCUGGUCAACGCACUGGUUCAAGAUCCAGCUCAUAGUUCCACAGGAUAUGCUUAAAAAGGAACGGCUUGAGUUCCACUGGGAUGCGAACAACGAGGGCAUGGUGUGGACGGCGGAUGGAAAACCGUUGCAAGGUUUAACUGGUGGCGGGGACAGAGUUGAGUGGAUUUUGCCUGAUAGUUUCCGAGACGGAAAGGAGCAUAUCUUUUAUAUUGAGAUGGCCUGCAAUGGCAUGUUUGGCAAUGCUCCUGGUGGAGAUUCCAUUCAACCUCCGAGUCCAAACAAUUUCUACCAACUUAAAAUGGCAAGGAUUACCGCCGUUAACCUGCAGGCCAGGGCGCUUUAUUAUGAUUUCUGGAUGAUUGGAGAUGCUGCCCGUGAAUUCCCAUCAGAUUCCUGGCACUCUCACGAGGCACAGCAGGUCGCAAACGCCAUUAUUGACACGUUUAUCGAAGGUGACGGCAGCCAAGAAUCUAUUAUCAAGGGUCGCAAAAUUGCACAGCAAUACCUCGGUGACAAGGUCGAUUCUGAUGCAGUCUAUAAAACUGAUAAGCAGCCGGUCGUUUACGCCAUCGGCCAUUGCCACAUUGACACUUGCUGGCUCUGGCCUUGGGCAGAGACACGACGGAAGGUGGCUAGAUCCUGGUCCAACCAAUGCAACUUGAUGGAUCGCUACCCCGAACACCGUUUUGUCUGCUCUCAAGCUCAACAGUUCAAAUGGCUUGAACAAGACUACCCUUAUGUAUUUGAUCGUGUCAAAUCGUGGGUUAAAAAGGGGAGCUUCACCCCCAUUGGCGGAAGCUGGGUAGAGCACGAUACCAAUAUGCCAAGUGGAGAGUCCUUGGUUCGUCAGUUCAUCUAUGGCCAACGAUUUUUCGAGAGCCAUUUUGGCGAACGAUGUACCACCUUUUGGCUGCCAGAUACUUUCGGGUACUCAUCACAAAUCCCUCAGCUCUGUCGAUUGGCUGGCAUGAGCCGCUUUUUCACUCAGAAACUCAGCUGGAACAAUAUCAACAACUUCCCGCACACAACUUUUAAUUGGGUCGCUUUGGAUGGCAGUCAAGUACUCUGCCACAUGGCUCCAUCGGAAACAUAUACAGCUGAUGCCCACUUUGGAGACGUCCGUCGGAGUGUUACUCAGCACAAGUCGAUGGAUCAAGAUAACACCUCACUUCUUGUCUUUGGGAAAGGUGAUGGUGGCGGUGGUCCAACAUUCGAGCAUCUCGAGAAGCUGCGCAGACUCCGUGGCAUGAGUGAUAAGGGUGAACUUCUCCCCCGUGUUACAAUGGGUUCCAGUGUUGAUGAUUUCUUUGAGCAACUUGAAGCCAAGGCUGCGAAAGGAACUGAAUUCGUCACCUGGUAUGGUGAGCUAUAUUUUGAGCUUCACCGGGGAACUUACACAACGCAGGCCAAAAAUAAAUUGAACAACAGGAAGUCCGAGUUUGCGCUACGUGACUUGGAGUUGCUUGCGACGCUGGCCAGUCUUAAAGACUCUAACUACAAAUAUCCCAAAAAGGAUAUCGAUGAUAUGUGGGAAGGUGUUCUCCUUUGCCAAUUCCAUGACUGCCUUCCGGGAAGCUCGAUUGAGAUGUGCUAUGAUGAUUCUGACAAAGUAUAUGCCCAAAUAUUCAAAACCGCAUCGAAAAGAAGAGAAGAGGCAUUGCAAGCUCUUGGAUUUGGAACUCAGGGCAGUAGCAUCGAGCAUAGACUGGUAGCCAUCAAUACCCUUCCCUGGCAUCGCUCGGAGAUCGUCAAAAUGUUUGAUUUUCCGAACUCCUCGGCGCCGCCAAGAUAUGCCCUCGCACAAGGACACAUGGGAAUCGUUAAUAUUCAGCCUCUUACUUCUACACAUGAAAACUCUGUUUCUCUGGUGCAAACAAAACCAGGAACCUAUCGAAUUUCUAAUCCCAAACUGUCAAUCGAAGUUUCGAAUGGUUUAAUUACCUCGCUUGUUGAUCUGAAGGAGAAGAGGGAAAUUAUCCCAAAAGGUAGCAAGGCUAACCAGCUGGUGAUCUUCGACGACAAGCCUAUAUACUGGCAAGCCUGGGACGUUGAAGUUUAUCAUCUCGACUCCCGGAAGGAAUUGACGUCCGGUACAACUUCAAUUCUGGAAUAUACUCCGCAGCGUGCCUCUGUUGUGACGGAAACCAAAAUCAGCGAUAAGAGUUGGGUGAAAACAACCGUCAGUUUAGCCGCUGUCACAGACAGUGAUACGCUUCCCUAUGUAGAGAUUUCCAGCGAGGUCGAGUGGCAGGAAUCCAUGAAAUUCCUCAAGGUCGAAUUCCCCGUUGAUAUUUGGAACACUGAGGCGUCUUAUGAAUCCCAAUAUGGGAUAACCAGACGUCCAACGCACUACAACACCAGUUGGGACAUGGCCAAAUUCGAAGUCUGCUGCCACAAAUGGGCCGACCUCUCCGAAUCCAACUACGGCGUCUCAAUCCUCAACGACUCCAAAUACGGCUUCGCAACCUGCGGCAAUCUUAUGCGCCUCUCCCUCCUGCGCGCCCCCAAGGCUCCCGACGCCAAUGCAGACAUGGGCCGGCACCACAUCCGCUACGCAAUCAUGCCCCAUUCAGGUCCACUAGACGCCCGAACUAUUCGUGCAGGAUACAAUUUCAACAACCCUAUGGUCUCCCAGCUGGCCACCGGUAAAGAGAACGCACAUAUCUUCAAAGCUAUAUCGCUCCAGGGCUCUGACUCCCUGAUCCUCGACGUGGUCAAGCGCGGAGAAGAUGAUGAAGGUGUCUCUCUUGGUGAGUUUAAAGUGCGUGCUGGGAAGAGCGUUGUGCUCCGUAUCUUUGAGGCGUUGGGGGGCAAGAGCCGUGGGGCAAUUGUUACGAAUUUGCCGGUUAAGAAGGUGUGGAAGUGCAAUUUGCUUGAGGAUGAUUUGGAGGAGAUGAAGAUUGGGCAAGGGGGUGAUGGGAACAGACUUGGGGCUAGGGGGGAGGUGCAGGUGGAUAUUGAGCUGAGGGCGUUUGAGGUUGCGACGUAUCGGUUGCAGCUUUAG